UCUUCAUCUCAUCUGCAAACAACAUCACUAUCUACACCACACCUUCAGACUUUUGGAGCCAAAGUGAAAUUUGGCCAGCGAAGAACACUUCAGACUCAAACAUGAUUCAUUCAAAGAGGCUUGCUCAGCUGGCCCAGAAGUGGCAGAGGAAGGUGGCGGCCGGAGCUGGUGGCCAGCAGACCCGCGAGUGCUGCAGCACGGUCGCUGACAAGGGCCAUUGCGUGGUGUAUGCUGCUGAUGGGGCACGGUUCGAGGUCCCGCUGGCAUACCUCCGCACGACAGUCUUCGGCGAGCUCCUGAGGAUGUCCGGGGAAGAGUUCGGCUUCGCGAGCAGCGAGGGAGGCAGGAUCAUGCUGCCCUGCGAUGCCGUGGUUGUGGAGUAUGUCUUGUGCCUGGUCAGGAGAGACGCCUCCAAGGAGGUCGAGAGAGCGUUCUUGAGCUCCAUUUCUGGGCAUUGCCAUAGCCAGGAUGCAUCGGUGGGACUCACCCAUAAAGUUGCGCUUUGUACAUAGCUUAGCUACUGAAAAUCUGAAAUAUUUUUGGUAGAAACACAAGAAGUUUGUACAGUCUGAUGUAAGAGUCUAUUAUCACAGGAAAUGACACAAAAUAUAUCUUUUUCUCUCAGAGAAAUCUAAUACUUGGCCACUCCAAAGCCCAAGCAUAUUAUUUGCCGUAGUUCGUACAGUGUGCUGAAGAAAGUAGACAAACUGCUGUCUCAAAGGGCGUGAAUGUCUGAAGGAGGCGAAAUUCUUUUAAGUGCGUUGAUGUCAGCGACGGGCCUGCAGAGGCGUUGAUGAUUAUACUGCCAACCGUCGAUUUAUGGCUAAGCGAUGCAGAUCCAGGUG